AUGGACGACACUGUUCCGGGGAGCCAGGAGAUGAAGGUUGAGUUGACGAACCCCAAGUUGAGGACGCAUCUCCAUGAGUAUGGUCGCCGAAGGCGUACAGAUGGUCCAUAUGUGGACAAUCUCGAAGUUGACGCACUCAUCGUCGGUGGUGGCUUCGCUGGCGUCUUCAUGUUUUACUCCCUGAAGAAAGCAGGGCUGAAGACUGUCAUAUACGAGGCGGGUACUGAUUUGGGCGGCACAUGGAGGUGGAACUGCUACCCUGGUGCUAUGGUCGACUCUGAAGUGCCAGAGUAUCAGCUCAACAUCCCGGAGGUCAUCAAGGCACACAAUUGGCCCAACAACUACCCUAACUAUAAAGACUUGAGGGACUACUUCGACACUUGUGACAAGGUCCUUGACAUCAAGAGUCAGACGGCAUUCGAGUCUGUUGUCACCGAAGCCCAGUUCAACACCGAUGAAGGCCGCUGGUCGGUCAAGACAGCUGACGGCAGAACGGCCAAAGCCAAAUAUCUCGUCGUCUGUGCAGGCUUCGCCGCCAAAAGAUACGUGCCUGACUGGCCCGGCAUCGAAAAGUUCAAAGGCGUCCUCCACCACUCCUCAUUCUGGCCUGACGAUGAGAUCGACGUAAAAGGCAAGAAAUGUGCCAUCAUCGGGACCGGGGCAACUGGUGUCCAGAUCACUCAAGCAUGGGGCCCGGAAGCCGGCGAGCUCAAGGUGUUCCAACGAACCCCCAACCUCACCGUGCCAAUGCGCCAACGCGACCUCACCGUCGAGGAGCAAGAGGUUGCCAAGAAAUGGUACCCGGAGCUGCUGCACCUUCGCGAGCACUGCUUCGGCGGCUUCCUCUACACGUUCAGCGAGAAGAACACGUUUGAUGACACGCCCGAGGAGCGCGAGGCCUUCUAUGAGAAGCUGUGGCAGGACGGCGGCUUCCGCUACUGGCUGGGCAACUAUAAGGACUAUCUGUUUGACAAAGCUGCCAAUCAAGAGGCAUAUAACUUCUGGGUCAAGAAGCAGCGCGCACGCCUCAACAACGACAGGCACAAGGAGAUCCUGGUGCCGGAGAAGAUGCCGCACUACUGGGGCAUCAAGCGGCCGUGUCUGGAGUAUGCUUACCUGGAGCAGUUCAAUCGUCCCAACGUGGAUGUCGUGGACAUCAAGAACAACGCCAUCGUUAGCUUUGACGAGACGGGAAUCAACUUGGAGGAUGGCACGCACUACGAUUUCGACGUCAUCGUCAUCGCCACCGGAUUCGACGUCGUCACAGGCGGCAUGACAGCCAUGGGCCUCCGCGACAUCCACGGCACGACGCUCGAAGACCAGUGGAAGAAAGCCGCGUACACCUACUUGGGUACCACCGUGGCCGACUACCCCAACAUGUUCCACCUGUAUGGCCCGCAAGGCCCGACGCUGCUCUCCAACGGGCCCACCACCAUCGAGGUCCAGGGCCGCUGGAUCACCGACGUGAUCAAGUCCUGCGAGCGUAAUGGCAUCAAGUACAUCAACCCUCGGCAGGAGGCGCAGGCCGAGUGGAAGAAGAAGAUUAAUUAUCUAAGUGAUAUCAGCUUGUUCCCGACUGUGAAGAGCACGUACAUGGGCGGUAGUAAGCCGGACAAGGCGUUUGAGCAGACCAACUAUGCGGGCGGGUUGCAUAAUUAUGGAGAGGAGAUUAGGAGUGUGUUGCCCAAGUUGGAUGGGUUUACGGUCGUCAGGGCUGGGGCUUGA